AUGGGAAUGAGUAGAAAAGGUAACAACAUAUUAUCUGACAAAGAAACGCAAUCACCUAUGUUAAAAAUUUUCAAAGACAUCAUGCAAAGAGAGAAAAAUGAUUCAGAAAAAGUUAAUCUAAUCAAAAUAGAGAAGUUAGAAAAUAAAAAACGCAAAACAUAUUCUGGACCACUUCCUAAAACUGACUUGAGAUCAUGUGAUUCAAGCAGUACGGAGCGGUUUAAGCACAGUCACGGCAGUAAGAUGCCGAUACAAGAUUUAGAACAGCAAAUGUACAAAGAAUGCAUCGAUAGGACGCAGACUAUACCUUUCAACACCGAAAAGAAAGACAACUGGUGGUUUUGGAAAGAUGCUGAAAAAAAGAAAGUAACAGACGACACCUGUUCAUGUGUUUCGUGCGCUGAAAUUAACAGGUUGAAGAAAGUGAUCAGUUCAGACUACGCUUGUAUCUUCUGUCUAUCGUUGGUGUUUGCGAUAUCUGUGGUGGUUGCAUUCGUAAUAUUCAGGAGUGUAGUGGUAUCUGACGCCAUUUCGCCACAAAUUGAAGGCCGCAUGAGUUCCGCAAUCAAGAAAAACGCAAUAAUGAAAUCGAGACGACAAUUUCGCAGCGAUGGAUCGAACUUGGAUAGGAAUAAACCGUGGACUGACAUCACUGAUCCCUGGCAAAGUUUACCCAGAUUGUCUGGAUCAGAUUUUGGUGAUACUGGAUUACGAGAUGGGACUUACAACGAGGAAUCUUACAACAAAGUCAGCGGAACAAUUUCUCAUAUUCUGGAGGCUGACAAAUUGUUUGACGGACCAACCAGCGAGAAGUUACGAGAUUUCUAUAAGCGUCUCAUUCAAACGGACGCUCGCAUAAGAAAAUUGAAACUACAAACAGAAGAAGCAAGCGACAUUAUCACGAAACCUCUUCCUGAUAGAUACAAGAGGUCCCUAAUGUCCAUAGACACCCCCAUAAACACUGACACCCAAAGACUCGAUACUAAAGUAGACUUAAGUAAAUUCAAUUUAUUCUAUCCGCCCUACGUAGCCGUAAAAGAUUCCGCUUUCGCUAAUCAGAAUUCACGAUUUAAAAAAUCUGACGACGAUCAGUACAGCAAUCAUCCAUCCGGUAUAGUAAUAGAAAAUAAAAAGCUAAUGGUUCAGUAUGGACCAUUCGAUAGAAAACGUAAUUUUCCAAAGUGCUCCCACAUGCUAAAAGACUCGAAAUCUCACGAGAAACAAUUGAAACAUCCUUUCUAUAAGAACUCUCAACGUUUGGACGAACUAUUGGGUCAAAUGUUGGAACAUAAUUUGGAUAAAGUUGUCGCCAAUCCUUUUAAUUUAGAUCUAUGGAAUGUGGAAAAGGACAAAUGCAAACAUUCAAAGGAUGAACCAGAAGGAGCGACAAAUACAGAUGAAGAGCCACAAAAACAAAUUUCAUAUCCACCUAAAACGGAGGACUCCGUAAAAUUUAUGGGCGUUAAAAGAAGAAAUAGUUUAGCGGAAGAGAAUCCGAGUUAUAUUGAAAAAGAAGCAGCACAUUUAAAUGAAGAGGAAACCGAUGAACUGUUCUACCCAUCAACUACUCCAAAAUACGGAGUUGUUUUGAGCGUAUCAACAUUAAUUGACAGUACUGAAGAGAGCAGAGUUUCGAAGAACAGCGACGACUCAUCGAUAAGUAGACGCAAACUGUUACAAUUAAACGAGGAAGAUGAAGAAAAUCUUGCAUAUGAAGAUUUCAAAGAAGUACUAGCCGAUUAUACUGACACUCAUGACGAGACAGAUAAACAAGUCGAAAGGGACAGAAGAUCUGGUAAUUCCGUAAUUUCUGGGAAAAAGUCUAUUGCAAAAAAAUACGACAUUUCUUUAGCACUUAAUCCAAAUUGGAAGAGUCCGAUGAAAUUAUAUCCUGAUGAAUUAAAUUUAUUAAUAAAAAAUACAGCAUCUUCAAGAGCUGAUAGUGAAUUUGAAAAAGGAUUUCUAGACCCAAAGGAUAAAGUAAAAAAUACUGAUACAGAUUACGUAGAAGAAUAUUUAAAUAGUAAAUACUCGAAAUUGGCGCAAGCGUACAGUGAUUACGGUGUACUAGCUGCAAAAAAAGAUUAUGUUACAAAUGAAAUGAAUUUGCCCACAGAGAAUAUAAUACACCAUGAAUUCCCAAAGAGUUCGACUGAAAAAGAAAACAAUUUAAAACAAAACCUAAUUAAAAAACGAAGGAACGCACAAAUGCACGAACUUAACACUCAAGAUGUUAAAUAUCCAUUUUUAGCGAAUAAUAUGACAACAUCAAAAAAUACUGUAAAAAUUGCUGAAUUUGGGCCAACCAAGAUUGAAUUAUCAUCAGAACUUAAAGUAUUGAGAAAUAUGGAAAAAAAUGAUAAUGAAACUGAAAUACAUCGCUCGGAUUUAGCUUUAUUUGGGAAACUACGAUCAUUAAAGUCUAUAGCAAACGAAGAAUCGAAAGACGCAUUAGAUUUAAAAAGUUAUACAAAAUUUGCAGUAGCCAAUACAGAAGAAGAAAUAAAUAAUACAACCUUGAGCAAUAAUGGUAGUGUCGAAGGGCCCGGUGAAAUUUUACGCGUGUUUUCCGAUUGGUUUUUAACUUUAGCUAAAUUAUCUGGUGAAUUUAAAGAUAAUUCAACAGCCAUUCAAGAAAACUCUACAGCAUUAAAUACAUCAAUAUUUGAACCGGAAAAUGUUACGAAAGAUUUCAUGUAUCCAAUGUACGACGCUGAAAUGAUUGAAAACAUCGGCCAUAGGUCUAGAGUCCUCAUGUCUAUUGAAGAGAAAAGUGGAAACACCUCGUUAACAACAAAUAUUACAAAUAACACGAAUGUUGAGAAAUCUGAAGAAGUAAAUAAAGAAAAUAAAGGAUUACCAACAAAAUUACCACCAGCAAAUCAAACAACAACAGUGAAACACGAAAAUACAAGUGUUAAUUCAAACUCUACUUUUCAAAAUAAUAAAGUCAAUAGAACAGUAGUUAAAAGAAGUGUUGAUAGUAAUUUGAUUUUCUGGAACGAUAUCUAUGACGAUGAAUACGGAGUCAAAAUAGAUUAUUUGGAUAAUGAAGCUAGGAACAAACAUUCUGUUGAUAAUGAAAAUUUCAUGAAACGAUCCGGACAAUGGAUAAAUAAGAAAUUUAGGAAGUUGGGUGAAAGUAUACGCACUGGUUACAAUUCUAGAAAGAAUUAUAAAAGACCUCAUAUAAUUAAUAAAACGAAUAACAGACAACAUUUCAAUCGGUUUUUACGUAAAGUUAAUGAUCUCAGACCUAAAAAUUACUACAAGCGAGAUGAGAGUGGAGUGGAGAAAAAGUAUGAGGAUGAUGAAAGUGAAAAUUAUUUAAACUUCGCCACCAUGACAGCUAAAAUGAAACAAAUAUGCCACGAAGCAGCAAAGGCUGUAGAGAAAACUAGAAAUAUCAACAUCCGUGAGAGUGAGGGCGGUGAGGAGUUGGUAGCGACGUCCCUGAUGCAGCAGUUGGUUAAGCUGAUGACUGAUCUCGUAGACUUCCAAGUGCAGCAGAAGACAUGCUCCAAACUUCCGCAAGAUCUAUCCGAUUUCCUGCAUUGGUUGACAUCACCCCCAGGUUCUGACGAAAGUAAGGACACCAGAUUCGACAUGAUACUAAUUGCCUCGCCUUUAAAUGAUACUAAACAAUUUAAAACCACGGAAUCACCAUUAGCAGAAAUAGCGGAUUCAAUCUUAAAAGAAGAGACUGACCCUAAAUCGGAAUGUUUGAAUGUCCUUCAAUCGGUGCAAGAACUUUUGCAAUUAUAUGACGAAUUGUCUUACGAAGAAAAGAGCAAAUUACUCGGCAUCAAGGACUAUUUAGAAAACCAAAGAAAUUUCCUUUUGAAAAUUAUAUCGGGUCCUAUUGAUUUGGGUACAUCUCUAGAUAUGUUAAAAAUGUAUCGAAAACGUAACACACCAGCCCGCUUCAAGCGAUACAUUUCACAAAAGAAAGGACCGAACAAAACACAAACGCGGAGAAAAGAAACUCCAAUGAAACGAAUCAACAAAUUUACUAAAACAUCAGAAACUAAACGAACGAAAACGACAAUAAAUCAGAUAGAUUCUAUGGUAGUUACUGAGGGAGCUAGAAAAAAGAAACAAAAAAUAGACAAGGAUAUAGUCGAAAAUAAAUCGACAACAGCUCAUCGCAAAAUUGAAACUAAAACUGCAAUUGUUAAGACCUAAAUUACAUUCCAUUCCAU